CUUGUCGCUCGUGUUACCAACAGCAGAAUUUUACGUCUUUUUCAAUGAAGUUGCAAAGUCAGCUAGAAUGGGGUACAGUUGACACCCUCAAUCCUCUGCAAAUGGAAACAAAGUCACAUGACAAGACAUGGUGGCAGUGCAUAGCAGGUCCUUAACAUGGAGAAACUACAAGAAGUGGCAGAUUGAAGGAUUUGUUGAGAAGUACAAGAAAAUGAAAGACAGGGCAGCUCUUUUGAAAGGCAGUUUACAUAAGAAAGUGAUGACCUUUGAAAGAUGGUGGUGUGUUUUAACAGAUGAACUUGAUCUCUGCAUUCAGAGAUCUGUGGAGAACAAAGCUGCCCGUCUGGUGGAAGUGGAUAGUCAGCGCAUGUCUCCAACUGCUGUAGUGGGCGUAUGUUGUUCUGUGCAGCCACAAGUGGAAAGUGUCAUGAGAAAUGUUCAUGGAGAAGACGUAAGACUUGAAUUAAAAACGUAAAAAUGUAUCUUUGAUAUCUUCUCCAGUUGUUCUUGUUCUUCUUGUUGUUGAUCUUGCUAUGGAACAAGUACUUGAGGUGGAGGCAAAUAUUUAAAUUGAGGUCUGCAAGACUGGAUGAUGUAA